CACUCUUUCUGCAGUGAACUUUGAAUGUCGUAAGAGUCACAUCAUAGGCACAAAUUACUUUAAACAGCUGCCGGGGGGAAUUUAAAUUUAACAGACGCAACAAUGGCUGGACUCAAGUACCUGAGCGGGUUUGGGAACGAGUUCUCCUCCGAAGACCCUCGCUGUCCCGGAUCAUUACCCGAGGGACAGAACAGUCCUCAGGUUUGUCCCUAUGGCCUCUACGCUGAGCAGCUCUCUGGCUCUGCCUUCACCUGCCCACGACCAGCCAAUAAGAGGAGCUGGUUGUACCGAAUCCUCCCGUCUGUCAAACAUAAGCCUUUUGCCGCAGUGCCAUGUGGGAAUUUGUCGGAGAACUGGAACGAGGUGGAGCCUGAUCCAAACCAGCUGCGGUGGCUUCCAUUCACUAUUGCCAAACCAACAGAGAAGAAAGUGGACUUUGUGGCUGGUCUGCACACGCUCUGUGGUGCCGGUGAUUCCAAAUCUCGCAACGGCAUCGGCAUCCACAUCUACACGUGCAACACGUCCAUGGUGGACAGGUGCUUCAACAACUCAGAUGGAGACUUUCUGAUUGUUCCCCAGCAGGGUGAGAUCUUGAUCACUACAGAGUUUGGGAAGAUGAUGGUGGAGCCGAACGAGAUCUGUGUCAUCCAGCAAGGGAUGCGCUUCAGUGUGGAUGUGUUUGGAGCAACCAGAGGUUAUAUUCUGGAGGUGUAUGGAUGCCACUUUGAAAUUCCUGACCUGGGACCCAUAGGAGCCAACGGUUUGGCCAACCCGAGAGAUUUCCUGUGUCCAGUCGCUUGCUAUGAGGACCGCACAGUGCCUACAGGUUACACCGUCAUCAACAAGUACCAAGGGAAGCUCUUUGCCUGCCAACAGGAUUUUUCUCCUUUCAACGUGGUUGCCUGGCACGGGAAUUACACACCGUACAAAUACAACCUGAAGAACUUCAUGGUUAUCAACUGUGUGGCAUUCGACCAUGCGGAUCCGUCCAUUUUUACCGUGCUGACUGCCAAAUCCACACGACCUGGUGUGGCCGUUGCCGACUUUGUCAUCUUCCCCCCGCGGUGGGGCGUGGCUGACCACACCUUCCGUCCACCAUACUAUCACCGUAACUGCAUGAGUGAAUUCAUGGGUCUGAUCAAAGGCCACUACGAGGCCAAAGAGGAGGGUUUCCAGCCUGGAGGGGGCAGCCUCCACAGCAUUAUGACGCCACAUGGCCCUGAUUUCGAAUGCUUUGAGAAGAACAGCACUGCUGAGCUGAAACCUGAGAGGGUGGCUGAGGGCACCAUGGCAUUUAUGUUCGAGUCAUCCUUCAGUAUGGCAGUGACCAAGUGGGGUUUACAGACAUGUCAGAGGCUUGACAAGACCUACUAUCAAUGCUGGGAACCUCUCCGCAGCCACUUUAAUCCUAACUGGAAGCCCAGUAAGAAGUAGACCAGGUAACUCAGCAGACCUGUCGACCAUAUUCAAACGUCAAACCAAAAUAAAGGUCCUGAUUUCA